GCGUCUACGGUUUAUAACAGAGAGGGAAAAAAAAAGCGCGGCCGAGCGCAAACUAGCUCCACUUCACCACUCUCGCCCGUGACAAUAAUAUCGAUAUGUUCUAGCAAUAAACUCGGGCUUGGGUUUCGUCACUCCCAUCUGCUUCUAUUAUAUGUGACUGUCCCAUUUCCAGCUAUUUAGUUUGCCUUCCGUGGUUUCAAAGGCUGUCCCCGGGAUUCCGGCUAAGCGUUUGCCACCUCUUGCGCCUCUCCCACCCCCCUUUGGAAUCUUCACGCUGGAAAUAUGGCAAGCACGGAAGUAGAGACAUUGGCGGCGAAACCCUCGCAGGCUGCUGCUCACGGAAGGUCGGCUCUACUGGAAGCCGUAGAAGAUAUUGUUUACGGAUCUACUGCUGGCAUUGUAGGCAAAUAUAUUGAAUAUCCCUUCGACACCGUCAAGGUCAGGUUGCAGUCCCAGCCCGACCAUGUCCCUCUUCGCUAUACUGGUCCGCUCGACUGCUUUCGGCAGUCUAUAAAAGCCGAUGGCUUCCUGGGGCUAUAUCGUGGGAUAAGUGCGCCGCUUUUCGGAGCCGCGGCUGAGACGAGCAGCCUCUUCUUCUUCGAGCGCAUAGGCCGCGAGUUGGUGUACGCGUCGGGGCAAUUCUCGCGCGACAAAGUACUUCCGCUUUCGGCGCUGUGGUUCACCGGCGCCUUUUCUGGAGCUUUGACCUCUUUCGUCCUGACGCCCAUCGAGCUUGUCAAAUGCAAGAUCCAGGUGCCCACAUCGACUAGUGCGGAUGGGGCAGCGCCGAAGCCCCCCAGUAUCAUGUCGGUUAUCCGAGACGUGUAUAAGCACGAAGGCGUAAGGGGUUUCUGGCGCGGCCAAAUGGGUACAUUUCUCCGGGAGUCUGGCGGCUGCGCAGCCUGGUUCGGUUCGAAAGAGACUACAACAAAAAUGUUUUAUAUGCUUAAUGAGCGAUCCGCAUCGCCGCAAGCAGAGGAUGCUUUGGCUACGGAGGCGUUGCCGUUGUGGCAACAAGCUGUUGCUGGCGCCUCCGCGGGUAUGUCCUAUAAUUUUCUGUUCUUCCCUGCCGACACCGUGAAGUCCCGCAUGCAGACCGCCCCAGUUGGCCGUUCUACUCAGCCUAAGACAUUCUGGCAAGAGGGUAAGGCUUUAUGGAAUCAACACGGGCUACGUGGACUAUACCGCGGAUGCGGUAUAACGGUGUUACGAUCAGCACCCAGUUCGGCAUUCAUCUUUAUAGUAUUCGAUGGCCUAAAGCGGUAUUUUCCCAUGUGAAUCUUGGUUCAAAUGAUAUUUUGGCGAUGUAUCAAUGUAUACGGGCGUGUGAUAGAGAAGGUAUAGACGGAGCGGACGUAGAGGUACCGGCGUUUUAGGCGUCAUAAUUCAUAGUCAAUUUCAUGGAUCUGUUA